AUGAAAACAAUGAAAAUACAAUUGUCGAACAAUCGAACCCAAGAAAUUUUGAACUACAAUGAUGUUAAUGACAAAGAAUUGCAGAGGACUACGCAGGAAGUAGAAGAAGCUUUGAAUUUUAUUGAGGAUUUAAAAUUUUUCUUGACUACUGCUCCCGUAGAUUGGCAGGAAAACCAAAUAAUAAGAAGGUAUUAUCUAGAUGGUAACCAAGGUUUCAUUUCAUGUGUGUUCUGGGAUAAUUUAUAUUAUAUUACUGGUACAGAUAUAGUAAAAAUCUGUAUGUAUAGAAUGCAGAAAUUUGGGAGGAUUAUUGUCCAAAAGAAGAAAUUCGAAGAAGGUAUAUUUUCAGAUCUUCGAAAUUUGAAAUGUGGGGUGGAUGCUACUUUAGAGCAACCGAAAUCGGAAUUUCUUGCAUUUCUUUUCAAAAAUAUGUGUCUGAAGACUCAAAAGAAACAGAAAGUAUUUUUUUGGUUUAGUGUCCCGCACGAUAAGAUAUUUGCUGAUGCCUUAGAGAGAGAUUUGAAGAAAGAAAUUCAAGGCCAGCCUGCAACUACAAAGGCAUUACAUGAACCUGCCUUGUCUUUUCAAUAUGACAGUCAACAGGGGAGAACGUUAUAUGAACAGUUAUUGAAUCACAUGGAUACUCAGAGAAUUCUAACAACGCAAUCAACCGAAAUGGAACUUGAAGAUCCAAUAUCAAAUCCAGUGAAAAUAAAUGAAAUUAAAAGUGAACAAGAGAAAGUUACCAAUAUAAAUGACUCAAACAAUUCUUUGAAUACUGCAAACGAUUUACCAUCGACUUUCCCAAUUCAAGAUACGGAACUUGAGUCACAAAAUUUGGAGCCUGUUUCAGAGAUCAAGAAUGAUGGAGGAGAGCAAAUGAAGGAUGAUGAUUUCCCAUUAUCGUAUUUCCCAAUAUCUGUAGAAUAUCCAAACCAACAAGAAAUAAUACCGCCACUCUUGUCUAGUACCAUUCCACAACAACUUGCGUACGACGACAGAUAUUUUGAACUACCUCCAGACCCUAAUUAUAACCCUCACAUGGCAAUGCCAGUACCGUUUCCAUACCAAAUGACUACACCUUUCAUACAGCAUCCCAAAUCCUCAGGUAGAUCUAAGUUCAAUGCUAAAAAAAAUGCAGGAAAGAGUCAAAAGCAAACAAUUGAAGUUAGUAAUAAUGGAAAAAUCGAAAGAAUAACAAGUGCUUCAUUAAAUACAUAUCAAAAAUAUCCUAAAAGUGCCAGGAUAACAGAAUAUCCUUCGUUCCCUACGCUGGAUGCAUUCUAUCAACCACUGCCGAACAUGUCACCGCGAUACCAAUCGUAUGGAAAUAUGCCAAUGAAUAACUACCACAUGCCUUCUUCUGAGUAUGGGAGCUAUUCACAGAAUUUCAUGUCACGAUUGCUUGAUCAACCUGACUACGAAUAUGAUAAUUUCUCACCUUUCCAAAAUGGGCCGGUCGAAGAUUACUCAAUGCAACAAGAUUUUCCAAUAUUGAAUCAAUCGUUAGCACAACAAACAGUAUCGAAUGCCCCCUCAUACCAUCCUAAUAAUCAAUUUAAGAUGGGAAGUCCGUCAUCUUCUAUGAAUCCAUAUAUGUGGGCUCCUCGAGCAGGGAGUCACCUCCAAUAUCCUCUAUACACUCAAUAUCCUCAAGUCCUUCCACAAAGAACAGGCCAAGUUUCAAGUGGUAAACAUCAGAAAAUGAAUUUAAGUAAUAUCCAAUUUUCUGACUCGAGAACCCAUAUCAUAAAAAGUGGGAAAAUAUCGAAGAAAUCAACAAAUAAAAAACCAAAACCCCACUCGACAAAAGACGUUGAAAAACUUUCAAAAGUAGAUUGUGAUAUUGAUGAAUCCUUCAAUACAAUUGAGAACAUCUAG